AUUGCUUCAUCGUACAUUGUGCCCGCUUGUAGGAGGCGGAGGCUUCGUUCUUCCUUAACUCCACCGGCCUCUGAUUACCUCCCUGGUUCCUUCUUUCGUGAAAACUCUUCCGGCUUCCAUCUUCUCAAAACGGUCGUCAUCAUCUUUGCUUCACUUUGGUACACGCUGUAACACCCAAUUCUCUCUGUACAAUCACAAUCCAAGUCGCCAAAAUGGUCAAAGCAGUUGCUGUCAUCCGUGGAGACUCCAAGAUCACCGGCCAGGUGACCUUCGAGCAGACUUCCGAGUCGUCUCCCACCACCAUCACCUGGGACAUCCAGGGCCACGACCCGAACGCUGAGCGUGGUAUGCACGUGCACCAAUUCGGUGACAACACCAACGGCUGCACCAGCGCUGGUCCUCACUACAACCCACACGGCAAGACCCACGGCGCCCCGACUGAUCAGGAACGACACGUUGGUGAUCUGGGUAACAUUAAGACCGAUGCUCAGGGCAAUGCCAAAGGCAGCGUCAGCGACAGCUUCGUCAAGCUGAUUGGCGAGCACAGCGUUCUCGGCCGAACCAUCGUCGUCCACGCGGGCACUGAUGACCUCGGCAAGGGCGGGAAUGAAGAGAGCAAGAAGACGGGCAACGCGGGUCCUCGACCUGCUUGCGGGGUCAUUGGCAUUGCCGCAUGAAUGACAUGAAAACAAGACGAUCACCCGAAGCACCAUGUCACCAUGUCCGAUCGGAACCAACAUCGGACUCCCCAACCCCAGAUGAAACUGCAGGAGGAAAUCUUGAAGACAUGAUAUUCGACGACCGGGACGAACGCGCAUAUGUAAGGAUCUCGAGAUUCGAACAAGAUUGACGGUGACAUGGAACGGCUUCUGUGUGUCAAAGUUUCAACAAAAGUGGCUUUUCGGCUAUCUUCGUGUACGCAGUAAAUGAUCCCAUACAUAGAUAGCAAAAACCUACAAGCACUUGCGGCAUCCACGAUCAACAAACAUGUUCCGUCCAAGGUUAUCAUUAUAUACUCUCUCUG